AUGGUGUUGAACGACAUGGCGAAGAAGAAGGAAAUGUCUGAUGCGUUCACAUAUCACUACGAAGUUAAUGCUGCUAACCAGUUGGUUGCCCUCUUUUGGUGCGAUGGUUUGAUGAAGAAGAACUACCAUAUGUUUGGUGAUAUCGUGGCGUUUGACUCCACGUACAACACAAACAGGUAUUGCAUGAUCUUCACACCUUUCACGGGAAAGGACAAUCAUGGGAAACCUGUAACAUUCACUGCCGGGUUGGUGUGCAACAAGAAAACAGGGGCCUUUGGUUGGUUGUUCAAACAUUUCGUCGAAGACGAAUUCGAAGAGGAGUGGAAUGGAGUGGUUGAGCGUUAUGAGCUAGAAGACGUUAAUUGGCUCAACACAUUGUACGAGUAUAGACAGAUGUGGAUACCGGCGUACUUCAGAGAUUUCCCACUCGGUUCGAUGAUUAGGACUACGUCCAUAUCUGAAUUGGAGAACAGCUUCUACAAAAAUUUUAUGAAGCCCCGAGCGAACCUUGCCGAAUUAUACUUGAAUUUCAACAAUGCUCUGGAAUUUCAGCGGAACGCUAGAACAAAGCUGGACUACAACAAUGCUACUGUCGUGCCAAUACUGGCCACUAAGUUGGCAUUCGAGAAACAUGCUUCGACGAUUUACACAGACAGUAUGUUCAGGAAAAUACAAGAAGAAAUUGUUGAUGGUAAUGACAGAUGCCGUGUACUUGGUUUUUCAUCAACAGAUAUGGUUGACACCUACAAGCUUGGGGAUAGCCGACGCAAUUCAGAAUACUGCGACAGCCGAUGGAUGAAGACUCCUUUAGCCAAGACUGUACAUGGACAGUUUGAUGCCACCGUAGAUACAAGGUCCACCGUUGACGAUUGGCAGACUGUUUCAAAUCAAGGGAUAUCGCUUUUCUACGAUUUUCUUCGACGGUUUGAGACGGACAUUGACGUGCUUCGUGCAUUCGUAGGUGGUUUGGAAGAACUUGGACAUUCUCUUCAAGCUGGAACUCCUCCAACGUCGGCCUUUGAAAAGAGGCGCAUGAUUGAAGAGUUUUAUGGAAUGCUAAGGCCUGAAGUAUUAGAGGUCCAUCAUCCGGAUGUUGUAAAGACCAAGGGUCAUGCUAGCAACUCCGCGAGCCGACUGAUUUCAAAGAGAGAAAAGGCUAUAAAGGAGGCUACUAGGCCUCUUAGACGUUGUAAGGCGUGCGAUGAGUUGGGCCAUCACGACUCUAGAAACUGUCCAAUGCUUAAAGAGAUUGCGAAGGAGAAAGAGCUUCGUAAAGGCAAGAGGAAAUGUUGA